ACGUCUGAGGAUACAAAUUUUUUCGAAAAUUAUUUGAGCACUGCCAAGUCUCCAACCUUGAAGAUCUUAAUGUGAGUCUCUUAGACCAGCUCCAUCGCUGGCUUUUAAGAAGUUCAUAGCCCAGCCUCUUACGCGGUUUUGAUUAGAAUAUUAAUAUAAUGUUGUGUUUUCGGUAGAAGCACCUCUUAAUUAAAGAUUUUUAGAGGUUAAUCCUAAACGACGUGGCAAGCUGUAACUGGUUCUCUCUUUGCUCUAGUCUCGUUUGGGGAAAAAAAUCCUAUCAUUUUACGCGAGAGAAAGAACAAAAACUUCGGAGGGAGAUUUUCUGCGAUUCGGCGAUCGUCAUUGCUCUAAGAUCAUGGAUCCUAAUGAAGAUAGGAGAUCUAUGAAGGCGCAAAAGGCCAUCUUCGAUAGCCUACAUUUUGUAACUGACUCGAUGCAAGGAAUUCAAGAACGGUGUGUAUGUGGGAGACGCUUAGUGCGCGAGAGAGCUCCAGCAGAAGUCUUUGACUACCUACCCGGGAAAAGAUUCUUCACAUGCAAGGAGUACAAAGAUGAUGGCAUGCAUUACAGGCAGCCCUGGGUCUGUGUAGUGGAGGAAGAGCUACAGAUCAUGAAAACGAGGCUGGAAAAAUGUGAAGAGCAUAAAUCCCUGAUGGUAAAGCUGGAAGUCGAGAAUCAGGAGCUAAAGGCAGAGGUGGAGAAGCUCAUAGCCCGAGUGUCCGAGCUUGAGUAUGCCGCAUAAGGCGAGUUCAUAAAUCUUUUUAGAGUUUUUGAACGUUCUCUAUUUCUAAAGUUCUUGCAUCAGUAACUUCAUAGUUUCAGAACUCUCUCUAUUUCGACUUCAUUUCAAACUUUCAAUUUUCUAAACAUUAACUUUUUAUUUCAUUUCAAACUUUCUAGUUUGAACUAGUUUAAAUCUAGUGGUAGAGGAAGACGAACGAGAUGGAUACAGUCAAUUUGAUACAUCUAUAUUCGUAGAAGGAGAAACAAGCAGAAGUUCAGAGGUGGAUUUCUUGUUCUCUACAAACAUGCCUACGAAUCUCGGUAAUAUGCUUGCCAUUCGGAGUGAACUUCGCGACCAAAGGAUACAUGAAUGAUUGAAGACCGAUUUAAUUGAGAAUAUAUUUGCAAAAUUUGGUCAUUAACAAUCAUAAUUAUUGUAUGUUUAAUAUUUAUUUUUUAAUAAAUAAAAUUUUAUUUUCCAUAAAUUUAAUAAUAUUAUUUUAUUUCUAAGAACCUCACUUUGGAGUUCACCAAUGAAAACCCAAAAAAGUGAAAGUCCUUAACUUUUCAAAAUUAAUUAAAAUAAUUAAAACAAAAUGCUAAGAACCAUACUUAGAGGUUCACCAAUGGAGUUGCUCUUAGGCUUCGAAUGUUACGAACCGCCCCGCCCCGCACCGCAGUUAACAGUAACAAAAAUCUCUACAUAUACCAUAUAUCUUUUUUUUAAUUAUACAGAGGUAUCCUGGCCCCACAGAAGUGAUUCAGACUAGUCACGUGUUGUCACGUGUCGGUCCUCUGUCCCUGGCGAUGCCGAAAUGUUAAUUCACCAGUGGCCGGGAUUCGAACCCAGGUGGCGGUAAUCACAGUUGUAAGCCCUUUACCACUAGAGUUAGAAGCCCCGGUUCAUAUACCAUAUAUUUAUUCGUAUUUAUAACUGUUAUAUAUACUAUUCGUAUUUAUAACUGUUAAAACUCCACCGCAGUUAAACCACUUGUCCCGCACCGCUCAAACCGCAGUUACCAUUCGGAGCCUUAGUAACAAAAUAUAAACAUUUGUAAUUUAGUUUAGUUUAGUUUAUAUUUAAUUUUAAAUUUUAAAAGAGCAAUGGGGCAUCUAUAUAUCUAUACUAUUACUUGCGAAGUAAAUUUUCAGAAUCGAGCUCUCA